AUGGCUCGAGCGUCAAUCAGCCAUCUCGCAGACAGUAGCCUUUGUCUCGAGCAUCACAUACGGUGCGCAUUUUGCUCCUCAGUACACCUUAACAUUUUCCCAAAGCCGCACGCUCCUGUCCUUCAACUGAGAAUCCACAAUUCCUACGAGAUCUACGUCAAGUAUGACUUAUAUUUACAGUCGGUACAUUUAUCUCGACCUGUCGCUUCACUGCCCACCACGGUCCUAGCACCGGACGGCCGCAUCACCAAGUCAAAGACAAUAGCACCACACCCCGCAGACUUUUCACAAUAUCAGAAUGGCACAGAUGAAGAUUCGGCGCUUUCUUACCUUGGUCAUAACAAAGAUCGAGAGCUCAACAUGCGCUAUUUGGUCCAGAUUCUUAUGGCUCAAGAUGGGAACACGGCAUGCGAAAUUCACGUGCACCAACGUCGCUUCACUUUGUUCCGCUCUGCGUUAUCGACAUUGAACAUGAGCUUACCUGUUGACACAAAGCCCUAUCUUCACUUCGCGGCCAGCCAUCGAAGAGCAGUCGGACAAGGAUCUUCAUCAAGGCAAGGUUGUGGCAAGAAGAAAUGCAAUGAUGAGACUGGUGAUAUGCAUCAUAUAUAUUGGAGCCUCAGGUCCACCAACCUUUCCAUGACCAACUUCCUACUCAUCUAUCAAACCAUCUGCUCCUUCCCCUCUCCUCCUCCUCUUUCAACUCCGCAACCAUCUCAGCCUCUUCCUCAUCCACAUGCACCAUCUCAUUCCCCUCUCCGGGCUUGUUUCGUAGGGACUUUGGGAGCGAAGAUGGAAGGUCUUCCUUGUUUUAUUUUUGGGUUUAGAGCGGUGGCGGGUUUCUUUUCUUGUUUGGUGAUUGGGUUGGGGUUGGAGAUGGGGUUGCUUUUCUUCUUCUGCUUCGUCUUAUCAUGGGCCGAGAAUGCUGACGUGGUGACACUUUUCAAUAUUUUUUCGAUGGAAGAGUUAUUUGAAGAUUUUGGAGAUCAAUGGAGGGCUGACCAUAACAGAGAGGUGAGGUAUAGCAGCUAUAGCUACUGGAAAAUCGCUGCACUCAGGACAGUUAAGCAGAAAUAUCUCUACACCCUCAAUGUGUAA